CCCUGUGUACAGGAACUAGAUAACUAGAUCUAGAUCAGAAUCAGAUCAUAUUUGUUUACACUCGGAAAUUACCGACUAUAGAAUCUAGAUCUUAUAAUGUCUUAUUAAUCUAUCUAGAUCUAUCUUAUUAAUUUAAAAUCUAAGGCUACUCUUUUGGGGGUUACUUUGAUAAUACUAGACUAUUAUUAUUAAUACAUAAUGAUAAUGAAAUGAAAUGUCAAAUGGUAACUCAACUGCCUGAACUGGGAAAUCUUGAAUUAGAUCUAUAUCUUCAGAUGUGACCAGAUCAACAAGAUGAACUGAAGAUCUGAUUUCUAAAUAAUUAUUUAUAAUAGAUCAUUUAGAUCUAGUUAAUAAUCUAGACUACUACUUUAACUUACUACUAGAUCUAGAUUCAUUUCCAAUCCAGGAGUGAAUAUCUAUUUCUAUCUUUUCUCUUCUUCUACACUGUCUACAGUGUCAGUGGACUACACUUUUCUGCAGAGUGUAAAAGUACUAAAAUAAAAGAGUAUCUAAUCUAGAUUUAGAGUCUAGUCCUAGUAUUUGUAGAAAUAAAUCUGAAUCAGUAAAAAUGGCUAUACCCAGAAAAUGCUCAAUAAAAUUAGCAUUGUCGAUUGUUGCUGAUGUUGUCUGCCUUUUUAUUGUAUCAGCUCUUUUAGCAGUUUUUCAAUUUGCAGUAGAACCUUUUCACAGAGGUUUUUUUUGUGAUGAUGAAAGCCUAAAGCAUCCAAUUAAAUCAGAUACUAUAUCUAUAGCCUUGGCAGCUGGCAUUGGUUUUUCAAUUCCUUUUGUUUUGAUAAUAUGUAUAGAAUUCUUGCUUCGUGAUGGGAAGUCAUUCUAUAUAUUGUCAUCACAGACGUUGUAUCCAAAGCAGAAAUUUUUUAGUGCAGUGUACAACUCCAUAGGUGUCUUUAUAUUUGGUAAUGUGGUGAACCAGUUUUUAACAGAAAUAGGUAAAAAUGUUGUGGGGCGCCUAAGGCCACAUUUCCUAACACUUUGUCAGCCUGACUAUUCCAAAUUUAACUGCAGUGAUGGCUACAUAACAGAAAAUGUGUGCACCACAAAGAACCUUGAUAUGUUAAAAGAAGCCAGACUUUCUUUCCCAUCUGGACACUCAUCAUUUACAGCUUUCUGCAUGCUUUAUAUCAUACUCUAUCUAGAGGCUAGAGUCUCUGUCAGAGAUCUAGUUUUACUGAAACCUGUGGUACAACUGGCUUUGUUUUGCUUCACUUUCUACACCUGUUUGAGCCGGAUCUCAGACUACAAGCAUCACUGGAGUGAUGUGCUUGGUGGAGCUAUUUUAGGUUUUGCAGUCUGCUUGUGUGUGGUCUACACAUUAACAGACUUUGGUAAGUUUAUGUCAAAGAGACGCAUUAUUUGUUUAUCUAAUGAGCUUGAUGGUUAUAUCAGUGGUCAAAGAACUGACAGCUCAGCCCUUCCAGAGAGUGCCAAAGCACAUGCUGUUAUCACACAGGAAAAUGAACUACCCAGAAGUUCACAUGCCAUUAAUUAUAACUAAACGUUUAUUUUUUUGUUAGUUUUUAUUGUAGCUUGUAAUUAUAAAAAUUAAAAAGAAAAAUUCCAGAACAGAUGUAAAUAAUUAUGAGAUUGAAAAUAAUAAAUGUCUAAUUUUUGUAUAAUAAAGAUUUUAUUAUUAUUUUUUUAAUUUUUUUUUUUAAAUCUAGUCUGUUUUCUCAGAUUAGUGGCUGUUAUCCUAUAAUUAAAAAUCAUAUUUUUGCUUGACAAUAACAAAAAAAAAGAUAAAGAUGCACUUGUUUUUCUCAUUAGAAAAAACAUUUUUAUGUGCACAUUUUAUAAGUACCAGUAUAUAAAACAGUAUUCUAUCAAGAGUAUUGUAUGGUUAUGUGAUUAGGUUUUCUUUCAUUUAGAUAUUUAAGUUGUGAUCUGUAAAAAAAAAACUUUUUAAAUGUAAAUCUUUAAAUUUAUGUUUCUAUCCUGUAGAAAAUUAUAUGACAGUUAUUGUUAGACUUGUAUUUGUAUAUAUGUAUUGUAGAUAAGAUAAGAUCAUUUUUAUUGAUCCAAUCAAAUGGAAAUUCAGUUUGACAACAAUUGAUUAGUGUUUUGCAAUCAGAUGUUUGGAAACUUACCCUAACCCUGCACCUAUGUUUUAUUAAAAAAUGGAAUUAAUUUGUGAUAAAAAUACAUUUACCAGACCUGCCUACCAAAAAAAGUCCAAAUGCGUAACGCUGAUGGUCAAAAUGCGUAUUUUGGCACCAGAAUGGUAACACUUACGCGAUCCACUAUUUUGUCAUAUAUAUAUAUAUAUAUAUAUAUAUAUAUAUAUAUAUAUAUAUAUAUAUAUAUAUAUAUACAUAAAUAUAUAUAUAUAUAUAUAUAUAUAUAUAUUUAAUAUUAGAUCUAGUUGUCAUGAUUAGAUCUACAAUCUAAAUCUAGGAUCAAUAGAAUAGAAUCUACUCUAGAUCUGGGCUCAAGAGUGUUACCGAUGCCGUGGAUCCGCUACAAACGUAGGUCUACUCCAAACUUUCGUAGGCCUACCUUCAUCCUUGAUCUAUUCUAUACCAAGACUAAGAAUCUAGUCUAGAUCUAGACUAGAUCAUGAUGGUAGUAGAUGUUAUCGAUCUAGAUCUAGUCAAUCUAAAUCAUGCUACAACUAAAUUGGAUCCAGAGUGUAGAGUAAUGUAGAGAAUCAUGACAUUUAACGUAAUGACAAGCUAGACUCUAACUAGAUCUAUUCCUGUAUAACAAGUUAUCUAGAUCUAGAAUCCAGAUCUAGAUUAGAUAUCUACAAUGUCACUCAAUGUGUUUUGAAUCGAUAGCACUUCGAUAUUUUGUUCUAUACAAAUGAAUACAGGAAUCAGGGAUUCAACAUAAUUAAUUUCUACUAAUGAACUUACAAAAAAAAAAAAAAGUCACGUUGGUGUAUCAGCUAACUGACGGUACCAACCUGGUACCAACCCACCACUCCCUCACUCUCGCGUUCUUCAUUUCUUGACUAAAUCUAAUUGCUUUUAAGAACCAAUCAACGUAUAGAUCUGGACACAAUGUGUUCCCCCACCUUUUCUUUGCCCCCCCCCCCCCCCCCCCAACAGGACGGCUUAGCGUGACCUCCUUGACCGCUCGUAAGCUAGUCAAGAGAAGGGGAAAAAAAAGAAUACAAAAUGCGUAACGCGACGGGUUAAAUGCGUAUUCGCGUACUGACGGUCAUUUUUGGGAGAUUUUGCGUAACGAAUACGCAUUUUGCUUAACGGUAGGCAGGUCUGAUUUACAAUAAUCAGAAUUGAAUAUUUUGUAACUUUUUUUUGUGUGCAUAUCUUUAAACAAAGUCACUCAUUAAUGUGUUUCGCAUUACAACUUUUUUUAUCUACAAUUUUUUUUUUGGUAAUUGCAAUUUUUUAAUUUGUAUUGACAUUAUAUUUGAAAGCUUUUCUAGUUCUAUAAUGUAACCGCAAGACAACAUAUACUUUGGUUGUGAUUGAUGAUUUACUAGUUAUUACUGACUGGCCUAAUGAUAAUUAAUGUAUCUUACAUUGGUUUAAUAAAAAUGUUUUUUUAUGACAAGUAGCAAUAAUUUGAAAUUUACUCAGGGCUAUGCCUUUGCUUGCUUAAUAAGUUUAAAUCAAACUUUGAAAGCUUAGGCUAAUUAUAUCUUAAUUCUAUUCAUAUUUGUUUAAACAAAGAAAGAUCAAAUUUAUCAAUCUUAUAGUCUUUUAGGACAUGCAGAUCUUUAAAUGUUGUAAUGAUAGAAUAAUUAUGUUUCACUAAACUACAGCAUACAGUAAUAAAAUUUCAUUUGAGUCAAUAAAUCCGUAGCAAACUUUCAUCUGUUUCUCAUAUUUUUGUUUGAAAAGAUAAAUAUACUCAAAAAUGUAAUGCAAAAUGAUUUAGACAUACUCAGGCUGAAAUCCUACAUUUAUCAUUGGCUCAAGUAGACAUAAGCAGAAUUAACAAUAUUCAUUGUGAAGGUAGGCAUUACAGCUAUUAUAGAAUUUAAUGUAAAACAACACAAAAGAAAAAAAAAUGUUGAUGUUUUUGUGAAUGUUUGUCUACUCUAUAGUGAUUUUAAAUUUGUCUUUUUAUCUUUCAAAAAUAUGAAAGAUAAGAUUUAGGACAUAUAAUUGUAAAAUUUAAAUUGUACAUAUAUAAUAAACUGUGGAAGAAUUUUACAAUACACAUUAUGAUAUUGAUACUUGUUUGAAAGAGCUAUUGUCUUUAAUUAUCUUAUGCAAGAGUUCUAGCCAUUUUCUUUCAAUUUUUAGGAUGCUUGACUUCUCCUUUUUGUCUUGUUGCACCAAUCUGCAGCUGCUUAUGCUCUUGCAGUAAGCUCAAUAUAUAAUCUGGUAGAAAGGAGCAAAGAUGAUCAAUUGUACAAUAGUAGCCAUUUUUAUUGCAUGGCUCUGAAAAGACUUUAAGUUAAGUGCUUUUGCUCUUUCUGUACAAUUUGAAGUCUGCAUCUAACACUAUAUUAUCAGACAUGUAUGAUCACAACAUAAGUCUUUGAUGUUUUGUGCACUUAAAAGCAUAGAAUACACUUGUAAAUUAGGUUAUACAUCUAAAUUAUUUACAAUGUAAAUGUUAAAAAUUUGGUGCACAUUUUAUAAUUGUAUUUGAAUACAUUGUUAUGAGAUGAUCUAUGGUCCCUUUGCAACUGAAGGAGGCCAUAUACAUAUCUGAAUAUAGUAAAAUGCAUCUUUACAGAAAAUGCUAACUAUUUUUGUUGGUUAAAAAAAUCAAAACUAGACUUAGGAAAAUGCAAAUAUUAUGUUGUUUUCAUGUUUGUGGAUGUCCUACUUUUUUAAAGUAAAUCAGCUGUGAUGACAAUUACCUGUUUAUAUUUACCAUAAUAUAAAAUACAUUAAACAAUAUACUUUUUUCUUGUAAAUGAAGAAAAUAAACGUUUAUAAAAUAAUUUUUACAUUCCAAUCUAUAAGAAAAUUGUUAUUUUUUUAAAUAAAAAAAAUGUUCAGCCAAAUUCAAUAAAAUAUAAUUCAGACUUGGUCGAGUAAACUUUAAAUAAAAAUGUUGAAAAUUGCUCAGCUAAAAAAAUUCAAGAAUCAUGUCUAUAAAAACAUUUUUGUGUGAUUUUUUAAAUUUACUAGAUAGGAUCAUAUAGUAGGCUGAAUCUGUCUAUACAACACAAGCUAUAACUUAGAGUCCCCAGGAAAUAUUUAGCACUGACCUAUAAUAUCUGGUCUUGUAGGGGGCCCCACAAUUCAAAGACCUUAAAGGUCCUUUUCAAGUCUAAAUUCGUCACUGCUCAUAUGCUACUCUAAAGCACUGACAUUCAUGAUAUGACAAAAUUUGUUUGAAUCCAAUCCAUCAACCUAAAGCAAUACUUUGAGAUUAGCCACUUGCUAACAUGAAAUCUUGUUCUGUCACAAAUACUCACAAAGCAUCUUGUCUGAUCACAAUAGUAAUAAUUUACUUUUAUAGCAAUACAUAUGAUUUAUGUAGUAAAAGAUGUUUAUAGAAGACAUUUUGUUUUUUUAUACUAAUAUUUCUAUAUUACUUAUUUACAUCAAAGUGGAAAAGUUAUUUGAUCAUUUAAAGAUAUACUCAUGAAUUGUUUAAUUGUAUUUGAAAACCAUCACUUUUCUAAUAUCACCAUAUGAAUUAAUAGUUUUGCAUUAUUAUUUUGGACAGUUCAAUUGAACUAAGAGACCUCACCCUAUUCAUUCUUCAAACUCUUAACAGUGCAUCACAUCAGACUAAUAAAUUAGAGUUGGUUGCUAUACUGACCACCUUGGUUCAUGACCACAAAACUUACAUUGACUGAUCAUUGAGUUGACUACACCCUAUGGUCUUAUGAGGGUUGGUAAAUCUAAAACAGAUUUUUUUUUUGUUUUUAAUUAAAAGACUGAAUUAUAAACCAUGAAAUAAAUUGUACAAAUAUUAAUUAUUAUUUCUGUUGUAUAAAGUAUUGUAGUCAUACUAGUGCCAUACACAAUGGAUUGUAUUUAUCACUCUUUGCUCAUGAAGUUUUUCAAUCUAAGACAGAGCAUGAGCUACUCUAGUAAAUGAGCUUUAUCAUGUAUUUUGUUCUUGCACAUUUUCUCUUUUUUUGUAACUAUGCACAUACAUUACUGGCAAAGCUUUGCUAUAUUUUAUUUGUAACUUAUAUGCAAUGUAUAGUGAGUUGAAGUGACUAUAGGAUCCAGAGCUGGGAAGGGCAAUAAUCCCCUCUUCCAAGCUAUAUUUAUCUCCCCUUCCCUUCUUUUCAGUUGGGUAGAGGGACUCGCAGGACAAUGAAAGGUAUGUAGUAAAUGAAGUAGUGAAUAGUUUGAAAUACAAAUAGAAAGUAAAGCUAAUAAAACAAAAUGCGAUACUUAAUAUCAUUAAUAAAAAGUUUUGGGAGAAAGCUGUUAUUAAGGCCAGGAGUUUAGAUCAUUUGGAAGUUGGCCGAGUUGUCGGAAAGGUUGGCUGAGAAUUAUGUUUAACUCUUAACUUUUUAAUUUUUUAAAUAUAUCUAACAUUCAGGGCUGAUAUGUGUGUUUUAUAUGUAAUACAUAUAUAAAUAUAUAUAUAUAUGUUAUUUAUUAUUGAUGAACAUUGGGUGUUUUCUUGGGUAAAGAGAUUUUCCUGCUCUACAUUUUUUUUCACCUUUUUUUUUUUUUUAAUUUCCCAUGGGAAAAACUAUUGCAUGAAACUAAAAAUAGUAAAUGUUAGAAAUAUAGUGAUAAUGAAUCAUAUUAUACAAAAUAUCAUGCAUUAAGUAUACCACUAGCUAUUAUUUGUAUCAUUGUUAGUAAUUGAAUAAUGCCUCGAUAAACAAACAAAAUAUAUGGAUGUGCCUUUAGUAAAAUAGUUGCAUUUGAAAUUGUUUUGGUCUAUUAUCAAGAGUUGUCAAUUAAAUUGAUUUUUAUGACAAAUAAAUUGAUCUUCAUGAAAAGGGCAUAUUUUGUUUAAUGUUGCCAUUGUUUGUCUCCUGUCAAUUCUAAAUAUUUACUGUUUACUUUGCUUGUUACACACACCAAGUUAAAUUUCUCAAUAAAUGAGAUAAAAAAUAAGGGUGUAGAUCUUUAUGUAUCUACAUCAUUUCAACUUUUUAAAAAAGAAACUUUCAUUUUAAAACACAAUGUUUUGUUAUGAUCUUGUGAAAAGAACGAGACAAUAAUAUUAAUAAUGUCAACAUAGGUUUCUAUAACUCUUGCAUUUCAAAUGUGACAAAAAUAUUAUUCAAGCCAUUUUGACUUUCUUUUAUUGAUGCAUUUGUUUUUUGUAUUAACAGUUUACUUCCAAUAUUUGUUUAAAUGAACAAUCAACAUCUGUAUAGCAAAAUAAUUUUGUUUUGUUGAUAGAAAUAAAUAGAACUACAAUGUUUUCUGGUAGAAA